CGAUGGAUUAUCGUUUACUAAAAACGUCACAUGCUGCGGAAAAUCGUGUUUUGCAACAUUUUGCGUAAUAUUCACACACACAUAUGGUGGUUGGCUGUCGCGAUACGACACGGAAAAUUCAGUGAUUAGAGUACUCAUCCUGCGCCCAAAUCGGUGUGACGUAAUACCCUCACGGUGAUAUCGAUUACAUCAGGAUUAUGUGAGAUAUGCUACCACAAUCACAUCACCGUACUUAGCGGGGCUCAAUCCAAUCAAGUGCCGCGCAGCCUACUCGGGUUGAUAUUUGGCUCGGUUCCAUCCGCUUAUCGAAUUUGCUGCUGAGUGAAGCAUAUUUUUUUACCCUCUUUCUCUCCGACUGCAGAGAUCGCAAGCAAAUAAUCGUUGUGGCAUUUAACUGUGUAUAUAACGAGUGUUAUUACAAGGGGACACACCGAUACACCUAUAUAGAUUUGUACGGCAUCAUCUCCCUGGCUCGUUUUACUAAGAAAACGUCGUUGUCGCCAGCAUCCUUCUGUGCUUUGGCAGUACCAGCAGCAGUUAUCAGUGUUUGCCUCUGUGUGGGCGGCGGAAGAAGGAUACUUUUACUCGUCUCAGUGUGCACACAGUGCACCGGAGCGUGAACUCAUACAAAACUGAUCAUCGAAUAAAUUUGCCUCGUCUUGCUUCCUCCAUGAAACAUCGCACCGUGACCUCGAAGUGGCGAAAUCAUACAAUAUGAUCAAUCAAAAAGACUUGCCAUCACAAAGUACCUAAUAGUUUUUAACGAAACCAUAUUCUAUACAUACAUACAUACACACAACUUGGGAAAACCAGCUCCGGCUGGACGGUUUUGAAGCAUAAUGCGUGCCAAAGCUGCUGCGCUGGACGAAAUUAGAAAGUCCAUCGCUGAUUCAGACGAUGAUGCAACCCGGUCGUCCUCUGGGGCUGGAUCGAGUGCCGCCGCCCAGCGGCAGAUCGAUUUGAGCCUGCUACGUAAGCCGAUUCUUACCGCGGUCACCGGCUUCCUGGAGGCGCACAAGGCCUUCAAUGCCGGCACGGAAGAAAUCCGCAAACUGUUGAGCAGCGAGUGCGACGUGUUGUACGAAUGCCGCGUGUGCCGAAACCUUUUUCGUAGUCUAACCAAUUUUAUCUCCCACAAGCGGGUGUACUGUAGGAAACUAUUCAAUGCGGCGCAGCACUUCCACUUCCAGAAUGAUGGAUUUUUGGACCAAGACACCUCAAUGGUCCUGCAAGCGGAACAGAGCAGUCAGUACAAAGCGAAGCAGGCUCACGCUGACGUGCUCAGCAAAGAUCUCUCCAGUAUCGUCGAAAGACUGAGACGAAAGCAGCACAAACAUGAUGAGCAGCAGCGGCAACAAAGUUUAACUGAUUAUUACGAUAUUGUCAAUCACAAGCGUGCCCAUGAUGAUCUUAACCGGCAGCAACAACCGAUGGAUCGGGUACGCAGCUCGCAAUCGGCUGUUUACCCAACGGUCAAUCAGGGUAACCGGACGGCUCACGAGAUCGAGGAUAUCACUAGUAGAAAUAAUAAUAAUAAUAAUAUGGGACCAGACAGAAAGCUAGUAGAAUCUAGCUCAAGCCCUAAGACUGUUCUUCCGGUAAUUUGUGAUCCAUCGAACCGCUACUUUCAACCGAUCGACCGGGAAAAAUCAACAAACGGACAGCGGAUCGAAAAUAGUGCAGAAAACGUGCGAUCGACAUUUGAUUGCCAAGAUUGUAAUCUACGGUUCGAUACGGAGAAAAUGCUGAAAGUGCAUAACGACGCGAAACAUACGCCAUCGACCCACGUUUACAGUUGUACCUCUUGUCCACAAACCUUCCUCCAGCCUAAUUUGGUGAUUCGACAUUUGCUGAAUGAUCACAAAAAGUCCACGCGCCGCAUCAAAGGAAUGCGUGACACCAUUCUCAAACGGGGAAGCACCCGCAUCGACGAGGUGGUAUCGAAGGGCCCUUCCCGAGAGCUGACGCGCCUCCUGCAAGCAAACAUGACCAACGGUUCCGCCGCAUCCACCGAUGGUCCGCCGGAGAAGCACGAUGAAGCGGCAGCAACCCGUGCCUGGAUGGAGAACCUGGAGCAUUUCGACCAAGGCCCAAUGUGUUCGUACUGUGGGAAAACUUUCGAGCGGAAGGCCGUUCUGAGCACCCACAUGCAGACAUGUGUCCAGAAGAUACGCCAAGCGGAGAACGGGGCUGGGUCUGUUCCUCCCAUGGCUGGGGUUUCUUCGAACUCGGAAAGGAAGAGUAAGAGGAAGGACAAUGGUUCCCCGGAUUUCAGUAUGAGUGUGAAACAGGAACCAACUGAACUCGCAGCUGGGGACGAUUCGAACUCACGUGAUGUGCCUCUAGCUCCCUCACAAGUAACUGAGAAUGGUGAUGUGCAAAUAAAUGGGGUGGUUACACUUAAACCCGAAGAGCUAGGCAUGCAAGAAACAGGCAAUAGGAGAAAAAGGAAGAAACCUGUGAUCAUGUUGCGGAAUGCCAGUGAUGAAAUUUAUUGGGAUAUGGACCAAAGUACUGAACAAGUGAAGGAAGAGAAAGAAACUAAAAUGGAAAUCGAACAGAAGCCGCUUGAUGUACAAAUCGCAGAUAAUCAAACAACCGCCAAGAAAACUGUUCCCAGGAAUAGGACCAAAACGCUGGAGAACAAAGAGAAGAAAAUCGAUAAAGAUUUGCUCGAGCAGAUGGAAACUAAUGGUGAAAUAGUUUGCAAGUGUAAGAAAAUAUUCGACGAUCCUGAAAAGUACAAACAACAUUUGCGGGAAAAUCACAAGCGAGAGAGGCGAUAUUGGUGUCCGGUGUGUGACUUCAAAGGGUAUCGUAAAAUGGAUGCGGCCAGGCAUAUAGUCCAGGAACAUGAUAUGAAGGGCACCCCUGAAGAAAUAGAAGCUUUAAUCAACAUCCAGCAGAGCAAUAAGACCAAGAAAAAAUCUACCGAACCCCCAGCGGAUCCGAUACAAGCCAUCAUUGGAGCCAUGGGACGAAGUUUCGAUAUCAGCGCAACGGAUAUAUCUUCUUUCAUGGAUUCAACUGCGGGAAGCAAGCUGACGCUCGUGGAUACCACCACACAUGAAACCAGUGCCAUACGGUCUAAGUCAGCGCUAAGCUCUCCAAAAAAACGAGGACGACCGCGAGUUGUACGUAGUUGCGUACUAACUUCCACACCAACUGACAAAAACGGGAAGGAAAAAUCUCCCUCGAUUGAAGAAGAUAUGCCUAGUGCGAACCAGAAACGACCCGUGCGAAACCGGGUUAAACCUGUGGAUAAAGAUUUUGUGUACGACUUGACACAUUUACUCCACAAAGACGCGGACAUAGAAAAGUUCCCUCUGCAGGGAAUGUUCCUAGACCAAGCACCACCUGCUAACAAAUCUAGAAGCGAAUCUAGUCGUACGAGCUCAAUAUCUGCUUCGCCGGAGAAGAGCGAAACGAAAAAAGAAUCGCUCAGAUCGUACUCCUCAAAGGUUAAAGCGCCACUUUCCUCUGGGUGCUACCGGGGAGCAGCAUUCGCGAUGGCCGAAAGACAGGUGGAACUUGGACAUGCUGCAUUCCGCAGUGUACCCGAAUUUCCGCAGAAUCGGUCACUCACUCCUUCCAGCAUGUCUCCCACGAAACACGACAAACAGGCCCAGAUGAAAAACGUUGCAGAUUGGAAGGUGGUGAAAAAACAACGCAGUGCUGGUUCAAUUUGCAAACAAAAAUCUGACAGCAAGGUCGCACGCAAGCUCACCAAGCGUAUUUCUCAUCAAAACAUGUUGCCUGAACUGGUUCGUGCAAAACGGAAAACAAUUCCCCGUCGAAACAGUGUCAUUUCGGCCUCGGAACAAAUAUCAGCUUCUUUCGAUAUCUUGGAAAGGCUGAACGCAUCCCUUGCCGCAGCCGGGCAGGAGCCUCUGCUGCAAACGCCAGACUAUACCAAGCUUGGGCGCAGGCCGAAUGUUAACCUUAAAAAGUACAUCGAUGCCAAUCUGAGGGACCACCAGGAGGCUAUGGCUCAGGUCAAUCUGAAUGGUACGACGGUGGAGGAUUCGGACCGGAUGUCGCUGCCGCCGCGGAAGCGCAUCACGCUGAUGCAACGUAUAGAGGAUAACAAAAACAAACGGAUGCAGGAACAAAACGGAUCAACACCUGAUGUCCCUAAUCAAUCGCAACCGACUGAACCUCCAGCUAACAGUGAAAGCCAGCCCCUGCGGCAUUCGUCCUCGUUUUAGAGAGGUCGUGAUAGUCUCAAGGUGCAUUUCUUUUCAAUAGAUUGAAUUCGAUUUGCAUACGCAUCUGUUUCUAGUGUCACUGCAAUCAUUUACUUUAGUCAGAUUUAGGGAGAAUACAACAACUAAAACAAGACGAUAGAAAAUUUUAAGACCUAUGUAAUUUAAUCUAAGCUAAUUUUACUGUUCGAUUUUAUUGCAUUUCCUCAGUUAACGAUUUAAAAUUUUGAACACAAUGUGUUCUCUCAGCCCCUGAGUCGUGCGCUUAUAGUUUUAACUCAGAUCUAGUGGGUAGGUAUUACUAGGUUUAGUAACUCGACUCUAGCAGUAUGAUUCGUUUAAACAUUGUUAUUGACUUUAAACUAUUCUUGAACGUAAAACACAACACGACAACCAAGGCAAAGAAAUAUAAACUUGUUGAAAA